UGGCGGCGCGGCCCCCCCCCCGGCCAUGCCGCGGGUGUACAUCGGCCGCCUCAGCUACCAGGCACGGGAGCGGGACGUGGAGCGCUUCUUCAAGGGCUACGGCAAGAUCCUGGAGGUCGAUCUCAAGAACGGGUACGGCUUUGUUGAGUUUGAUGAUCUCCGGGAUGCAGAUGAUGCCGUGUAUGAGCUCAAUGGUAAAGAUCUGUGUGGGGAGAGAGUGAUCGUGGAGCACGCCCGAGGCCCACGGCGCGACAGCAGUUACGGUUCCGGACGCAGUAAGCACUCCCAUGCAUUUGUAUCCCUGAGUGGAUAUGGUUAUAGAAGAAGCGGAAGAGAUAAGUACGGUCCUCCCACCCGUACAGAAUACAGAUUGAUUGUGGAAAAUUUGUCAAGCCGCUGCAGUUGGCAAGACCUUAAGGAUUAUAUGCGUCAGGCAGGGGAAGUGACAUAUGCAGAUGCACACAAAGGAAGGAAAAAUGAAGGUGUGAUUGAGUUCAAAUCCUAUUCUGACAUGAAAAGAGCCCUUGAAAAGCUGGACGGGACAGAAGUAAAUGGCAGGAAGAUUAGAUUAGUGGAAGACAGACCUGGAUCGAGACGGCGCCGCUCUUACUCCAGGAGCCGAAGCCAUUCGAGGUCUCGCUCUCGAAGCAGGCACUCCCAUAAGAGCAGGAGCCACAGUGCCAGUAGCAGUCACUCCAAGAGUAGAUCAAGAUCCAGGUCUGUGUCCCGUUCCAGAAGCAAGAGCCAUAGUCGAAGCAAGAGCCAUAGCAGAGGCCAAAAAGAGAAAAGCAGGACUCCAAGUAAAGAGGAUAAAAGUAGGAGCCGCAGCAGGAGUGCAGAGAAAUCCCGAAACAAAAGUAAAGAUAAAUCUGAGAGCACUCCCCAUAACAGUGAUGAGAAAGCAAAGAGCAGGAGCUGCAGCAAGGAAAAGAGCAGGAGCAGGAGUAAGGAGAGGGAAGAGAUGAGGGAGAGCAUGAGGAGCAGGAGCAAGGAGAAGAGUAGAAGCAAAGACAGGGAGAAGAGCAUCAGCAAGCCGAGGAGCAGGAGCAAGAGCAGGGAUGAGAGUAGGAGCAGGAGCCACAGUAAGGAUAAAAGGAAAAGUCGGAAGAGAAGCAGGGGUAACAGCAGGAGUAGAAGCAGGAGCCGCAGCAAGUAUGAGAAAAGCAAGAGGCGCAGCAAGCGAGACAGCAAAGCAGGUAGCAAGAAGAAAAGGAAGGAUGGCCACGAGCGGUCCAGGUCAGACUCCAAAGAGGAGCAUCUAAGAUCAGAGCCUGUCAAAAAGGAGGCAGAAGGUGAGGGUGAGGAUGCAGCCACAUGCCCAGCGUCUCGCUCCAGGUCUAGGUCCAUUUCCAAGCCAAACCUAAAUGUCAAAUCAGAUUCUCGUUCCAGGUCUAAGUCUGUGUCAAAGCCCAGGUCCCGGUCCAAGUCUAGAUCUAGGUCUGCCUCUGGGUCACACUCCCCAUCGCAGUCAAGGUCUCGCUCCACCUCCUAACCUUGCUGCACCCACACGUGGACCGGUUGGAGGAGUCUUUUGUACAUGUGUAGUAGUCGUAGCACAAGUGAUUGAAGUAGAGAACACAUUGAUGCUGUAUAUUUUCAGGAACCCUGAUGGGAUGUCUCAAUGUUCAUGCAGUUCCCCCUCCCUGCAGUGCUCCCUGGUGCAAGGCUCAUUCUCUUUAACUCCACCUCUUCCAGAGCAUCCAAAUUGCCCUGUUUUUCCAGGCAGAGCCUUGCAGGGAAUAUGCACUGCCCCGAGGUGGGUAGAUGGGGUUGCAGUGCUGACUGAUAGGUAGGUACAAUGGCCUCAACAGUCUUUGCCCUCGAACUGAUGCCCUUUGAUGUACAUCAUUUAGUGGAAGUGCUGAGUCUUCAGUUUCAUACUACUUUUGUUCCAUGGUUUUUGGACUUAAAGUUGUGAAUA